CCCUUGCAGGAGUCCUCAUGUCACUGGGCUGUCCGUCCGGGCGGCGAGCCCUGCUCCAUCUGCUUUUGGCUGUGGCAGUGUCUUUCUUCGGCUUAGCCCUAUCCAUGGACAAAACUCGGGAGCAGCUGGUGACGGAAGAGAAGAUGAUGCGGCUGGGCGGGCAGCUGGUGCUACAGAAGCAGGAGGAGACGGCCAAUGAGCAUCUCAUGAUGCUCAAAAAGGCAGAGAUGCUUCAGGCCAUGAAGAGCGAGGUGUUUCCCCCCAGCAUGCACUUUUUCCAGGCCAAGCAUCUCAUGGAGAAAAGUCGGGUGUUUGACAUCAUAAAGAAGAUGCCAAAAGGGGCUGCCUUGCACCUCCAUGACUUUGGCAUCCUGAGUAUGGACUGGCUAGUUAAGAAUGUCACCUAUAGGCCCCACUGCCACUUCUGUAUCACCCCAAAAGGGACUCUGCAGUUCAGAUUUGCUCACCCAACUCCCCCCUCCCCUGAGCCAGAAAAAUGUUCGAAAUGGAUUUUGCUGGAGAACCAUCGAAAGCAUGUGCGGAACGUCACUGAGUUUGACAGCAGUCUGCUGGAGGCUUUCACUCUGACGACGGAGAACCCCGAGGUGGUUUACGCAAACCAAGCCAUGGUCUGGUCAAAGUUUGAAACCAUCUUCUUCACGAUCUCUGGCCUUGUCCGUUAUGCACCAGUGUUCAGAGAUUACAUCUUCCAGGGCCUGGAGGAGUUCUACAAUGACAACGUGCUCUACCUGGAGCUCAGAGCCAUGCUGUAUCCGGUGUACGAACUGAAUGGAGAGACCCAUGAUCGGGAGUGGUCACUGAGGACUUACAAGGAGGUGGCGCAGACAUUUGUGAGAACUCAUCCUGAGUUUAUCGGAAUCAAGAUCAUUUAUUCGGAUCACAGAUCCAAAGAUGUGUCUCUCAUCAAAGAAUCAGUCCAAGCAGCCAUGAGGCUUCGAUCGCAGUUCCCCACGAUGGUGGCAGGGUUUGACCUGGUGGGGCGUGAGGAUGCUGGCCAUUCCCUGUGGCAUCACAGGGAGGCUCUGAUGAUCCCAGCCACGCUCGGUGUUAAGCUGCCUUACUUCUUCCACGCCGGAGAAACAGACUGGCAGGGCACUUCCAUAGACAAAAACCUCCUGGAUGCCAUGGUACUGAACUCUACCAGGAUCGGCCAUGGAUUUGCUUUAAGCAAACACCCAGCAGUGAGGGCUUCCUCUCAGGAGAAGCACAUCCCCAUAGAGGUCUGUCCCAUUUCCAACCAGGUUCUGAAACUGGUGUCUGACUUAAGAGACCACCCUGCAGCUGCUCUGAUGGCCACUGGGCACCCCAUGGUGAUCAGCUCUGAUGACCCAGCCAUCUUUGGUGCCAAAGGCCUGUCCCAUGAUUUCUAUGAAGCCUUCAUGGGCAUUGGGGGGAUGAUGGCCGACCUGAGGACCCUCAAACAGCUGGCCAUGAACUCUAUCAAGUACAGCGCCCUGUCAGAUGCUGAGAAAGAGGCUUUCAUGAAAACCUGGGAGAAGAGGUGGGAUGCGUUCAUAGCCAACCUGGCUCAGGGGCAGAAGUGAGGAGAAGAGAGCCAUCACCCACCAGCCGUCUCCCCCCACCGGCCGUC